AUGGGACAAUUUCAUCCAGAUUUUGAUGAAUUAACUGGUGAUGUUACUAGUAUUGAAUCUUAUUUCUUAGGUAAAAAGGCUUAUUGUGAAAAAUUAUCUAAUGAUAAGAAUGAAGUCGCUCAUCAUCUUAGAUUAAAAGGUAUUCCUGAUAAUUUAUUAAAUUGUCAAUAUGAAGAUCCGUUAGAAUUAUAUAAGAAACUAUAUGAUGGAGAAUCAUUUAAUUUUAAUCUUUUACAACUUAGACCAUCAUUUGAAUUUACUAAAGAUUUUAGAAUUAAAUCAAGAUCUCAAUUCUGUAGAAAUAUUAAAUUUAAUACUGAAUUGGGUUCAUUUUAA